AUAAAAGGCAUGGAAGGUGAAACAGUUUCUUCUCAAUCAAGAAAAUCGUUCGACACCGUUUCCAUUUUGGUUGUGGACGACGAUUUAACUUGUCUCGCUAUCGUUGCUGCUAUACUCAAGAAGUUCAAGUAUGAAGGUAUAAACAAUUUUUACGUUUAUCGAUUUUUUGAUUUCGGUUGUCCCAUAUGUUUGCAUGAAAAACUAUUAUGGUUUAUUAAUUCUGCAGUUGUGACAGUGAAACACCCAAGUGAUGCUUUAUGCACUCUCCGAAUAAAGGGAGGCGCGUUCGAUUUGGUCGUAUCGGAUAUUCACAUGCCCGAUAUGAACGGAUUCGAAUUACAACAAGUCAUCACACAAGAAUUCCAUUUGCCUGUUGUUUGUAAGUUUUUUUUUACCUAUAUUUAUUUCAUUAAUUAUUCCAAAUAUAUAGAAAAUCCUAAUGUUAUGUGUGUGUGUGUGUUUUGGUGUGACGACACAGUGAUGUCAGCGGACAAUAAAGAAGGCGUAAUUUCGAAAGGGUUGGAAAACGGGGCUGCGUUUUUCAUAUCAAAGCCAGUCACUCCAGACGAUUUAAGGAACUUAUGGCAAUUCGCAUCGACUAAAAAGAAGACUAGUAGUCGAGUCGUUAUUAACGAUAUAACAGGAUCGGAUUACGAUUUAUUCCAACCUCGAGAAAUAAUUAACUCGAACGACAAGAAUCGUUCGGACGAAAAACCUGUGUUCGUUGUCUCUGCUUCGACUUCGAACAAAGACAUUAGCCAUAGCAAGAAUCCAAAGAGAAAAACACAAACGAAAGAGGAUUCGGAUAACGAUGAAGAAGAACAAAUCGGAAACAAUAACAAUGCAGCUUCGACAAAUAAAAAGCCGAAAAUUGUUUGGACUGAUUCGCUGCAUAAUCGUUUCUUGGAAGCUAUUAGAAGCAUUGGCCUCGACAGAUCUGUCCCGAAGAAAAUUCUCGAGGAAAUGAACGUGCCGGGAUUAACUAGAGAAAACGUAGCAAGUCAUUUGCAGGUAUGUGUGCUUAAUUAAGUAUAAAUGUGCCGGGAUUUGUUCGAUUUUUGAAUUUUUUUAAGUUUUAUUAAUUUUACUUAUGAAUAAUGCAGAAAUACAGAAUCUUCUUACGACGAGUUUCGGACGCAAGCUCGAAAAUUAGCGGAGUCGAUGAAAAGGGUUUAUUAAGCAGGAGCGGUAUAAAUCGAUACAGCAAAUACCAAUUUUAUCAUCAUCGUCAAAACCUCGGAAAUUUCGAUUUUCCAAGUGGCCUUAAAAUGCAGGCUCAAUCAAGAUUCGGACAAUCCCAUCUAAUUUCUAGUAACCGAAGUUUGUUCCAACCGAAUAUCGGUCCUAACAAUCGUCUAUGUGGCGGAAUCGCACAGCGAAAUAAUUACGAGGCGGGCCCGUUACUAUUCCCGGGGAAUCUUUCCAGUGCCUGGGAGAAUCCGAACAUUCUUACGCCUCGAAACAAUGUU